AUGAACGUCUUUGAGCAAUACAACCAGCGCCAAGGCGCGAUGAACCUGAAGCACAUUUUCAGCUUCGCGCCGCUGAGUCCGGUGCAGCAGGAACACCUCACCCGCGUGUACGGGGCGCUUCUGACAAACAUCGUCCUCACUGCGGCCGGCGUCUACGUGCAGCAGCAACUUGUUGCCCUUCCAUUGUUCCUUCUGUUGGGCGUUCAGUUUCUCUGUAUAUGGGGCUUGAGUGGAACAAGCACGGAAGCAGUCUAUACAGGCAAGGUUACGACGCCGCUGAGAGCAGCGUACUUUGGAGGUUUCGGCUUCGCGAGCGGAAUGAUGCUCGGGGACUACAUCUACUUCAUCAAUGCGUUGAACUCUAGCAUCAUCCCUACGGCGUUCAUCGUCUCCAUGGGGAUUUUCGCGUCGCUGUCGGCAGCUGCUAUCGUGUCCCGUGACAGAAAAUUCAUCUACCUGGGGAGCAUUCUCGGCACAGGCCUGACGCUCUUCACGUAUCUGUCACUGUUCUCGGUCAUGUGGCGCACCAAGUUGGCUGACGAUAUCCUUCUCUGGGGAGGGCUCCUUCUUUACGUCGGGUUCGUUCUCUUCGACACGCAGGUGGCGCUGGAGAUGGCUCGACGUGGCUCAUCAGACUACCUUGUCCAGGCUAUCCAGUUCUACGUCGACCUGUUCGGAAUUUUCAUCCGCCUAGUCCAUAUCCUCGCGGACAAGGAGCGUCGAAAGCGUCAGCGGGACGAGGAAUGA